AUGUCUUCACAUACUCUUGUUCUCGCACCGCCAGUUGGUAAAAAUGGGCAAAAUAACUCCUCCAAUGGAGAUUACAGAUCCAAACUGGAACAUUACGCUGUAAAACUGAAAAUUAGGAUCAAGACUUGGGAGCAUGAAAAUAGCGGGGCAGAUUUAACAUGGGAUGUCAUCAAGAAGGAACAUCCUGAUAUGGCAAGGAGGUAUAAGAAGUAUUCAAAGCUUAAAAAGUUGCUUAAAAAGAGCGAUCUUGGGGAAGUUGACCUAGCUAAACUUUUUGCGAACUGGUCUCGUAAUUAUAGAGAAGAACAUCCAACCAAUUUAUCACACAAAAGCUCAGAAAAUACAGAAGAGAGAGGCGCUGAUAAAGGACAAUAUACCCUGCACCCUCGCCAUCAUCACCAUCAUCAUCAUCAUUAUAUUGAUGCAAAACGGAAAGGCAGUCUUGAUUUUAAAAAUGCUCCUAAUGGUAGCUCAACUACGCAUCAGAAAGUAAAAAAGUUACAUGGAGUCCCUGAAACUCCAACAAGAAGAACUAAGUUGAGGCCUAUCUAUGAAGAUGGGAUCGGUUUGGCCGAAGGGGGCCUUUCAGACGCAAAAAGUGACAAUGAUAAACAGGAUGACGAUAUUUUUGUAGACAAUGAUGAACAAACAGAUAGAAUUGGUCCUACGCCACAACUUAAUGGCAGAGUUCUUGGAAUUUUUGAUAUAGAGCUGAAACAGCUCAAGGAUAAAAAUCCACUCGAGCAAACGCCGUCUAAGGUGAAAGAUCAAGAGAUUACAAUUAUAUCGCCAUGUUCUUCCAAGCUUACAAACAACAAAGCUGCAGACAACACCAAAAGUCUGUCUGCAAGUAUGUUUGAAACCCCAAAAGGUGAAGUUCGUACCAAGGAUGUGCUCUUUAAAACUCCGCAGCAGAGUCUGGCUUCUUGUCGUAAAAAGCUAAAUUUCAGCUCAAAUAUUGAGCAGACUCCACAAUACUUGCAUCACGAGACGGAGACACUGUCAAUGCUGGACUAUGACGGAAUGCUCUCUGAUCUAAGUGACUUUGAGGACUCAAGCAGUGACUUUGAAAGUUCCUCUGAUGAUAAAACUUCAGGAAGUCCAGAUAUUGGUGAUGAUGAUGUUAUUGUAGGUGGUGGUAAUACUAUCGAUGAUGAUCACAACGAUCAUAUUUUAAAGCCGGUGUCUACAUCUAAAAAGGACGAUUUCACCCCAGUGUUAUCUCCUACUCCAAACGUGCGGAAGCUGGUAGAACCAAGUCCGUUGAUUAAAAGACAUUACGAGAAGUCACUUUUCACAAUGAACCAGGAGCUAAAAAGCAUUAAGAAGAAUCUUGAAUUCUUUGCCGAUCAGGAGAAUUUAAAGCCGCCAGUUUCGGAAAAUGAAGGUUCGCUCCAUGAUGAAAAAAGCGGUGAAAAUGCGAAACCGCAGAAGGAGCAUGAUCCAAUUGCCAGCUACAGGAAAAAGAUCAAAACGAUAAAACGAACAACGCGUAGAUCGAAGUUGAAAACGAAAGGCCCUAAUGAUGUUGCAGAUGAACUACAAGGUGUCGAUAUUCAUAAGAAACUAAGAGAAUUGGAGGAGAAUACAAGGAAACGCCGUAUGGCGGCAUUAGAUAUGGCAAAUGGUGAAUCUAAUAGUGUUGAUGUGAAUGAUAGUGAUUCUCAGAAGGAAGAGGAAGUAUAUGUGAGGAAGAUGAUCAGGGAUCCGCCCAACAAGAAAAGAAGAGGCAUCAAUCCGCUAUCGAAUAAUUUUGUGCGUCUCAAAAUCAACAAUCAUCGUCGUGGCCGUUUCAGAGGAAGACGAUAA